AUGGCUCUCUUGGAGGAUGGGAAUCACACUGCAGUGACAGAGUUCAUUCUAUUGGGCCUGACAGAUGACCCAGUCCUUAAAGUCAUCCUCUUCACCAUCAUCCUGUGCAUCUACCUGGUGACCGUGUCUGGGAACCUCAGCACCAUCCUUCUCAUCAGAGUCUCUUCCCAGCUCCAUCACCCCAUGUAUUUUUUUCUCAGUCACUUGGCUUCUGUUGACAUAGGCAUUUCAUCUUCUGUCACACCCAAUAUGCUUGCCAAUUUCUUGGUAAAGAGAAACACCAUCUCCUACCUUGGAUGUGCCAUCCAACUUGGCUCAGCUGCUUUCUUUGGAUCAACUGAGUCCUUCAUUCUGGCUACCAUGGCUUAUGAUCGUUUUGUGGCAAUCUGUAGCCCACUGCUUUAUUCAACCAAAAUAUCCACACAAAUCUGUGUCCAGUUGCUUAUAGGAUCAUAUAUUGGUGGUUUUCUUAAUGCUUCUUUUUUUUUUACCAUUUCCUUCUUUUCUUUUAUAUUCUGUGGACCAAACAGAAUCAAUCAUUUUUUCUGUGAUUUUACUCCAUUAGUUGAACUCUCCUGUUCUUAUAACAGUGUCUUCAUAAUUCUUGAUUCAUUUUCUGCUGGCUCCAUCAUUAUGAUCACAGUGUUUGUCAUAGCCAUUUCCUACACCUACAUCCUCAUCACCAUCCUGAAGAUGCGCUCCACUGAGGGCCGCCAAAAAGCCUUCUCCACCUGCACCUCACACCUCACUGCAGUGAUUGUAUUCUAUGGGACUGUCACAUUCAUCUAUGUGAUGCCCAAGUCCAGCUACUCCACAGACCAGAACAAAGUGUUAUCUGUGUUCUACAUGGUGGUGAUCCCCAUGUUGAACCCCCUCAUCUACAGUCUCAGGAAUAAUGAGAUUAAGGAUGCUCUGAAGAGACAGCUAAGUAAGAAAACAUUUUCCUAG